UUUUGUUAAAGCACAAGAAAAUUAAAUCUAAACAUCUGAAAAAAGGUUUUCGAAAAAAAAAAUAGAAAAAAACAUCUGAAAAGAAGCAUGAAAUAUCUCUUAGUUUUUCUAAUUGUUUAUGGCCAAUGCAUCAUUGGUAAUGUAUCCGCCGGCCAAACAAAUUAUCUCGAGGUCUGGAACGAUCUAAACGUAACCCUCUUUGUGCAUUGUAAAUCCGGAAGUUCCGACAGAAAAGGAGCGUAUAAGCAGCCUGGACAAUUAUACCCUUUUCCUAUAAGAGAUAAUUUUUGGAAGACGACACUUUUUUGGUGUACUUUAAGACAAGGGCCUAAUUGGAAGAAAGGACGAAAAUUUGAUGUGUAUAAGUAUGAAAAGGGUGUGGCUCAGGGAGCCUACUACAUAUGGAGAGCAAAAAAAGAUGGUAUUUAUUUUCAGAGAAAUAAAAAUCCGCUCCAUAAAGUGUGGGAUUGGAUGAUACUACCGAAUUGACAAAAAAAAGAUGAUACUACCGUAAAAAAUAUUAUUAUAUUGGUAUUGAUCUUCUCAUCCCUAAUAUUACUUUUUAUUUUUAUUUCUUCAUUUUUUGUACAUAUACUUCCACUCAAUGGACAAGAUAUAAAAUAUCGUGAGUUUUUAUAACUAUGUAAUAUUUGUUCUUUUUCAAAAAUAAAUUAUUUUUGAUAUUCUACUUAAUAAAAUACUC